UGGCGAUUUCCUCUCCGAUCCAAAAUUGUUUCGCGAGUGAGAAACGGUGAGCACCAAACCCUAGCUUCCCAAUUUCCGAGCGUUUCGUCCCACUCGCGGGUUUUCCCACUCGCCUAAAUUUCAAAUUGCAGAGGGCCGUGAUCAUUCCACCUAUAACUCACCAAGAGGCCAGAGCAGUGUGUCUGCUGAUGCAAUGAGUAAAAAUAUGGUUGAUGCUUUGCAUGAAGUGCAUCACACAGGUGGUGAUCUUGUUGUUAACCCUAAAAAGGAUGUUCUGUUGUAUGAAGGGGACAGAGAUUUUGAGCCACACAAGGGCAUUGAAUUUGAUUCUCAUGAAGCAGCUUAUUCAUUUUAUCAAGAAUAUGCCAAAUCUAUGGGAUUCACCACUUCAAUAAAAAACAGCAGGCGUUCAAAGAAAACCAAAGAAUUUAUUGAUGCCAAAUUCGCAUGCUCUAGAUAUGGAUUUACUCCCGAGUCAGAUAGUGGGAGCAGUCGAAGGCCAAGUGUAAAGAAGACAGAUUGCAAAGCCUGCAUGCAUGUGAAGAGAAGGGCAGAUGGAAAGUGGAUAAUUCAUGAAUUCAUAAAGGAGCAUAAUCAUGAACUUCUACCAGCUUUGGCAUAUCAUUUUCGGAUUCAUAGAAAUGUGAAGUUAGCUGAAAAGAAUAACAUUGAUAUAUUGCAUGCUGUUAGUGAACGUACCAGAAAGAUGUACGUUGAAAUGUCUAAGCAAUCUAGUGGCUGCCAUAACUUUGGGUCUCAUCUCAGUGAUGUAAAUUAUCAGUUUGAAAGAGGCCAACAUCUGGCUUUGGACGAGGGAGAUGCUCGUGUUAUUCUUGAGUAUUUUAAGCACAUUCAAAAGGAGAAUCCUAACUUCUUUUAUGCUAUUGAUUUGAAUGAAGAACAACGCUUGAGAAAUUUGUUUUGGGUUGAUGCAAAAAGUAGGAGUGAUUAUGUCAGUUUUAAUGAUGUAGUUUCGUUUGAUACUUCUUACAUCAAAAGCAAUGAUAAGUUUCCAUUUGCUCCUUUUGUUGGAGUGAACCAUCACUUUCAGCCCAUAUUGCUUGGAUGUGCAUUGGUUGCUGAUGAGACCAAACCAACAUUUGUUUGGUUGAUGAAGACAUGGACUAGAGCAAUGGGUGGGCAAGCUCCUAAAGUCAUAAUCACAGAUCAAGACAAAGCCUUGAAGGCAUCAGCUGAAGAAGUCUUCCCAAAUGCACGCCAUUGCUUUUCUCUUUGGCACGUACUUGAUAGGAUACCUGAAAAUCUUUCUAUGGUGAUAAAAAGGUAUAAGAAUUUCUUGCCGAAGUUCAACAAAUGCAUAUUUAAGUCUUGGACAGAUGAAGAGUUUGACAUGAGGUGGUGGAAAAUGGUCACUAGAUUUGAACUCCAGGAUGACGUGUGGUUUCAGUCAUUGUAUGAAGACCGGAAAAAGUGGGUGCCUACUUAUAUGGGGGAUACCUUUUUAGCUGGAAUGUCUACUGCUCAACGCUCUGAAAGUAUGAACUCUUUCUUUGACAAAUACAUUCAUAAGAAAAUUACUGUUAAAGAGUUUGUGAAACAGUAUGGGACAAUUCUUCAGAAUAGGUAUGAAGAGGAAGCUAUUGCAGAUUUUGAUACAUUGCACAAACAGCCAGCACUCAAGUCUCCUUCUCCUUGGGAAAAACAAAUGUCAACUGUUUAUACACAUGCGAUCUUCAAGAAAUUCCAAGUUGAAGUCUUGGGUGUUGUUGGUUGUCAUCCCAGGAGAGACGGUGGAGAUGGAAGUAUUGCAAAAUUUGUAGUUCAAGAUUGUGAGAAGGAGGAAGAGUUUUUGGUCACUUGGAACGAGAUGAACUCAGAAGUUUCUUGCUUCUGUCGAUUAUUUGAAUAUAAAGGUUUCCUUUGCAGGCAUGCGUUGAAUGUUCUCCAGCUUUGUGGCUGUUCAAGUAUUCCAUCUCACUACAUUUUAAAAAGGUGGACCAAAGAUGCAAAAAGUAGGGUAUCAAUGGUAGAUGGAACUGAAAGGAUCCAAACUAGGGUGCAACGUUAUAAUGACUUGUGUAAAAAAGCUAUUGAAUUGAGUGAAGAAGGAUCCUUAUCUGAAGAGAGUUAUGAUGUUGUUUUCCGUGCACUUGUUGAUGCCCUGAAAAAUUGUGUGCAUGUAAAUAAUUCUAACAACAAUAAUGCAGAAACCAGCAACAGUUCUCUUGCCCUGCGUGAAGCAGAAGAAAAUCAGGUUAACAUUGUGACAAAAACAACUAAAAAGAGGACACCAGCUAAGAGAAGAAAGGUACAAGUAGAUACAGACAUGAUACUUGUCGAGGCACCAGACAGCCUGCAGCAAAUGGAUAACCUUAGCUCGGAUGGAAUGACCCUUAAUGGAUAUUAUGGUGCCCAGCAAAAUGUCCAAGGACUGGUACAGUUGAACUUAAUGGAGCCUCCUCAUGAUGGUUACUAUGUCAAUCAACAGAGUAUGCAAGGCCUUGGUCAAUUGAAUUCUAUGACCCCAGGCCACGAUGGGUUUUUCGGGACACAGCAAAGCAUUCAUGGGCUGGGGCCAUUGGAGUUUCGUCCACCAACCACUUUUGGAUAUACCCUGCAGGAUGAGCCUGAUCUGAGAUCUGCUCAGUUUCAUGGCAGCAGUUCAAGAAAUACAUAGGAUUUUUGUCUCCCCACUACAGAUUUGAUAACUUCCUCAUGGAGGUUGUCAAGUUUCCAUCACUGAGAAUGAAAGAUCUCAGGCGAUUCUGUAUCUUCACAGCAAUACGUGUAGGUUGCAUAUAGUUCAACAGUAUCUGAAAGUGAUUUGAACUUUAAGUUCCUGUAAUUAUCUUUCCAGUUAAGCUUUUUCUUGUGUAUAUAGAUGAAGGCAGUCCAUUCACCUUCCAUGAUAUACAUGGAAGGUGCAAAUCGUAAUUUUAGGUUGAGAUAUAUAGGCUCCAAGAGGCAUUGUUUUUGGAGCGUCUGUGAUUUAUAGUUAGAGAAUAUUUUAGUUUCAUUAGUUCCUUGAGUCAUGUUGAAUUGUAAGAUUCUCUUUGUUCUUCCAAAAAAGACUUGCUUAAAUUAGACAAUUUUAGUUUAUA